AUGGCGAUUGGCCUGGCAGCUCUGGGGCUCCUCGCUUUCCUGCUCGGCUGCUCGGGAACCUUUGCCGAACCCCAAAACUCGGAGUCAGCUGCCAAGUGCUCCCUGACCGGCAGAUGGAGUGAUGAAGGUGGCUACAGCAUGAAGAUCCACAGCGUCAGUGACACGGGGGUGUUCAGAGGCUUCUUCUAUUUCGAUACACAUAUGCCUUACAUCUUUUCACACCCGCUGCUGGGCAUCCAGCAUCAGGGGUUCCUGCCUACCUUUAGCUUCACCGUCCUGUACAAUAGUGAAAUCUCUCAGUUUUGGUUGUGGAAUGGAAGAUACCUGACAGGACCCAUAGCCGUCUUUGUGGGCCAUUGUCGGGUGGACUACGACGGAAAGGAGCAGCUGAGGACAACCUGGCUGCGGCGUGAGCCCCCUGAAUCCAAGGGAAAGGAUUGGGGGGCGGCCUGGGUUGGCUCCAGCACCUUCUACCGCAGAGAGUGGUGA